GUCGGAUCCUGCUUCCCAAACUUUCAUUUGAGCCAGAUGGGCUUACAUAUACCAUAAACUCCAGAACAAUAUCUUCUGGCCUUGUGUAUUCACCUCUCUUUCUCUCUUCUUCGUCUUCAUAAAAUCAUACUCCUUUUUCUUGGCUUUUCUGGUGCAACAGUGGAAUGGAUAUGGCAAUAGAGGCACAGUUCCAUGUUCUUGCUGUUGAUGACAACCUCAUAGAUAGAAAAUUGAUUGAAAAGCUCCUCAAAACCUCUUCUUUUCAAGUUACUGCUGUGGAUUCUGGGAGUAAGGCUCUGGAAUUUCUGGGUUUGCAAGAGGAAGAGCAGAGGAAUCAUCAUCCCCAAGAAAUGGAAGUAAAUUUAAUUAUCACAGAUUAUUCCAUGCCUGGAAUGACUGGCUAUGAUCUCCUCAGAAAGAUCAAGGAAUCUUCAUCUCUGAAAGACAUACCAGUUGUGAUCAUGUCCUCUGAGAAUAUCCCCUCAAGGAUUAACAGAUGUCUGGAAGAAGGAGCAGAAGAUUUCUUCCUGAAGCCGGUCCAAUUAUCAGAUGUGAGCAAGCUUAGACCCCAUUUACUGAGAAGAAAAGCUGAGGAAGAAGAAGAAAAACCCAAGAGAAAUAUUAGAAAAAGAAAGACAAUUGAAGAGAGCCUCACCCAUAUGCUGAUGGAGGAUUUGAAUAAGUUCAUCUCGAUUGAAGACAUUUUUGGAGAGUUGAAUUAUGAAUUCUCACAUAAACGUUGGAAGUUUGGAUCUUAGAAUUUUCACAGGAAUGCUAAUUGAAGACAUGAACAGCCUUUGAAGCUUCAUUGAGAGACAACAAUGGAGUCUCGGAAGAUUGUCAUUACACUUCUGAAAGAACAACCAGAAGUCGUCUGGAGAUCAGUACAAGGCUCUGAAGAUCGGGGAAAAGACAUUGAAGAAACAGAAAGUUGAAGAUUUUGCAGAGCUUUGAAGAACUUGAGAAGAAAAUUUGAUCCUCCAAUGCUUUGAAGAAGGAUUGUGCUAAUAGGUUAUAAGCUAUUAGCAAAAUUUGACUUAAAAUCUUCUAUUCAGUCCAUGUAAUUAUAAGCUAAAUUUUGUCUACAAUGAUUUGAGUUGAUUCAAGAUUGAAUCCUCAUUAAUGCUUAAGCAAUAUACAGAUCA